AUGACCUGGAUUGGUCUGUUCUUUGAAGACAAUGUUUGGAAAUGGGUGGAUAACUCCGUGUAUGAUUGGUCUAAUUGGAAACCCAACUCGGAGGAGUCACAGAACUGUGUAUCCGUCACCCUGACCAACGACUUCCACUGGGAGAAGGCAAAGUGUGAAGAACCUAGGUCUUUCUUCUGUGAACUACACCAAGGAAGGUGCAACUUCCGAAUGUAUCCAAAUUCGAGUCUCUCUGGAAAGAGUAUAUUAAAGCGAACCCAAAGUAUUGGAUACUGUAUGAGUGUGUGUGUGGACGCGACAGAAAUCACCUGUCUGUCGUUCGAGUACAGUCGGUAUCUAGGAACAUGUAAGCUUAACAAUGUCAACAAAUGGAUCAAACAGGACAGUUACCAAGGUCAUGACCCCACAUGGAGUUACUACCACCGGACAUGUGUUCACGGUAUUUCCGGAGUAAUGGAUCCUCAUCAUUACGUCAUAUACAACACGUCAAAGAACUGGUACGAGGCUCAGGACAUGUGUAAAAGUGAAGGCGGAUUCCUGGCUACGGUAUACGACGAGGCGACAUUUCCGGAAUCCGGGUACAUAGGACAAUACAUGACGAAGACGAUGUGGAUAGGAUUGUCCCGGACCCCGGAGAGGUACUGGAGGUGGGUAGGUAACACUUCACUCACGUGGCAGAAUUGGAAAUACCAACCCAAACCGACAGACCGCUCGGAAAAAUGUACCAUGGUUAUAUUGGACGACCACGCCUACUGGUACCCCACUGUAUGCCAGACAAAUCUAUGGUUCAUUUGUCAGUUCCCGGCAGAUGAAUGUAUUUACCAGAAGACAUCUGAGGCGGCUGUCCUCGCAAACAAUAAAAGGAUAUAUUAUGACAUUAGUGUCUCCGAGUGCCAGGAACUUUGUGAUAACACUACAGAGUUCCAGUGCAGGUCGUAUGAGUACUUUCGGUAUUCCGGAGGUAUCUGUCAGUUGUCUGAGGGAAACAGGUGGACCUUAGCAGCAUAUUACAAAACAGAUCUAUUUGGCUGGGAUUACUACCAUAAGCAGUGUAACUUUGGAGGCCCUCUACCAGAGGUUCAUACCACCACGACCGUCACAACCACCACAACUACCCCCAAACCAACCACAGAGGAACUUCUUACUACAACAGAGCCACCGACAACAGUUAAACAUACGACAACAACCGAGGAGCCGUCCUCGACUACCAAACCGACAUUUGAUGAUAUAAAGAACGAGCUGGUGGCAAUGGGUGACAAGAUUAGAGAGAAGCGCCUGAGGGAGCGGAGGACCAGUGCUGUAGACAAUAGACCCUCAGCCACAGGGGCUGGUGUAGUGGCUACCAUCAUACUUGGCAGCAUCAUUGCGUUAGUAGUGGUUCUAGACAUCGGCACCAUCAAGGCCACGUGUGAACAACACAGACGUAGAAAGAAGACGCGACAUCCCGGGCGUCAUGCGGAGGAAAACUACGCAUUCGAGAUGGACAAUCACAGAAAGGAUAGUUUACUGGAGGAUGACGAAGUCUCGGACAUUGUGAGAGUUGAACGUGAGGACGAUGACAGUAGAGGUGGUAUCAGCAUUACGGGUAACCAUAUAGAGAUUCAAAUGAACAAUCCAGACGACACGCUGGAGGAUUCCACAAACGAAAGCUGCACGAGGAGUAUCAACUCGGACGACAUUGGGUUCUGGUCGUCUCCUGUUAGAACUUAUCAUGGCGAACGUUUUGGUCACAUUGGUACCCAGACUACACAACAGGAGCUGGAUGACGCAAGAAAACUGUGGAUUAAGUACCGGGGUAUACCAACGUUCAACAAAAAUCUUCUAAAAUCAAAAAACAUCGAAACACAGACAGUUAUUUGCAGCUUUGAUGUUGAAUCUUCGGUAGACGGUGACUCUGAUCAAGGCAGUCCAUAUAUCACCGAGGAAACCCAGUUUUAACAUGAUAAUCAUGUUAAUAUGUAUAUCACUCGUAUUAUAAUUCCUUCGAGCCAAGCGUUAGAUAUUUAAUGCUGCAAUGAAACUCUCAAAAUGUUAUUAUGCAAAAUCAUUUAGUCCGAAAUCAUUUUAAACCCAUAUCAUGUUUUUUUCAGUUUUGUAUAUGUAUGUAAAUGUAAUCUAGUAACGA